AUGCCGCCCGAACCCACUCCGCCCAAGAAGCCCAUCGCAUGCGUCCGGUGCCGACACCGCAAGGUCAAGUGCGAUGGCCUGCUGCCCGCCUGCUCCAAUUGUCUCAAAGCCCGUGUUCCCUGCGAGGAAAGCGCUGGCUCCGAGAAGAGGUACAUUCGCGAGCUCGAGGCCCGCGUUAAAGAGCUCGAGACUCAGCUCACGAGCCUCCGCUCUCCUACGGACCAUGUCGUCGCCCCCGGCCAACCCGACCCCUCGCCGGGCAAUGCCAGUGCCAUCCAAGCUCACACCCCAUCCACCCCCCGCAUCGGUCCGGAGCAGCCGCUAGCCCACGAGGUCGGACUCCUCUCCCUGCAGGCCGCCAAUUCUCCAAAGUAUCUCGGCCCUUCGUCCGGCGUGGCCUUUGCCCGUUUGAUCUUUGCCUCAGCACCCCACACCCAGGGACUGUCGACCCACUUCGCCGCUGACCUCCCACAAUCCCACCUUUCCGACAUCCCUUCGGCCUCGCAUCUGCCUUCUCUCCCCGAGAUUCACCGCUUUGUUGCCGCCUAUUUUGACCAGUUCCACCAUCUGUAUCCCUUUCUGGAUGAAGUGUAUGUCGACGACCUUGUCGAAAAAUGUCUAGCCAAACCCUCUCUCGCCACCGAUUCCGACAUGUGCAUGCUUUUCCUGGUCAUUGCCAUUGGUUCUCGUGCCGUCGAAUCCCAGCUUGGUGCAGACUUUGCUUCUGCCACCUAUCUUGCCGCCGCCAUCAAGUUUCUGUCCGACAUACCACUGCAUGAAUCCAUACAAGGCGUCCAGAUUUUGCUUCUCCUCGUCCUGAGCAGCUUCUGCUUUCCUGGCGGCCUUAACGCCUGGUUUCUGACCCACACCAUCAUUGCCAGCUGCCUAGACCUAGGCUUGCAGAGAAAACAGCCCAUGGAUACGGACGAAGACGGGCCACAGGCCAGAUUUGGCGGCACUGUUGCUGCUCACGACACAAGAAGCGGUAUAUUUUGGUCAGCAUACUCACUCGACCGCACCCUCUGUACCACCUUGGGUCGCCCGCUCACGCUGAGAGAUGAAGCAAUUGACAUAGAGUUCCCCGGUCAACAAGGGUCAGAUGAGGUUGAUCUCGAUGCUAUUGAGGGCGCUACUCGAGUGCUGCAGCCCCCUUCGGCUGGAACGCCCGUCGACCAAGGAGAGCCAUACGAGCGCCAGCCGAAGCGCAUGCGCAGCGAGCAGCUCCCUCACCAUAACUUCUACGCGGCUAACAUAUCUUUCCGUUUUGACCGCAUUGUUGCCGAGGUGAAAUUGAUGAUCCAUCGCGUCGCACAGUCCCCAAAACGAUUCCCCUGGCCAAGCGACUUUGAGGGCUGGCAGAAGGCCGUGCAUGCAUCUUGCAAGGGACUCUUCGAGCAUGCACAACAAACGAUAUCGCGAAGAGCGGGUGGCAUCGCCCGCGCCAUUUCAUACCGCUCCAUCCCGUCGAUUGAGCUCAAAUAUCACCAAUGCGUCAUGCUCCUGUACCGUCCAAGCCCAGCAUUCCCUCGGCCUGCGCCUGAAGCAUUGCAUGUCUGUUUCGACAGUGCCACGGAGACCAUACGAAUCUAUUACGAACUGCACCGCUUCGGCCAGAUGAUGAACUCGUGGCUCACAGCCCAUAGCAUCUUCGUCUCGGCCAUUACCAUGCUCUACUGUCUUUGGAUCAGUCCUGCCAUUCGCGGACGGGCAAGAGAUACUUUCAGCGAGCAUGCAAGACGAUGUUCAGAAAUACUUGAAGCCCUGGGCAAGACGUGGUCUGUGGCCAAGGAUGCACGAGCUAAGUUUGAUCGUCUGGCUGAAGCAACGUCUGAGUCCUGGAGAAGACGAGAGGAGCCAGCAGUCGUCGAGUCUACAGCUGGUCCAGACCAGUCCCGGCCUGUUGACGACAGUAGACUUGGGGUCGAUUGGACAGAGCAAAGCUUCGACGCCUUGUUUGAUUCUACAGACAUCUUUGCUGAUGAGCUGGGAGACAUGAGCGGAUGGUUCGAUCUGGAAUGGUUUGAGACGUAUGGCGUCGAAGGGCUCGGGAAUGCAGGAAUGGCAUAG